UCGGCCCCCUAUGCUGGACCUUGACUCCCAGGGCUGCUGUUGUGUUUUGCAGCUGCCUGUAUUUAACACCGAGGCGGUACAGUUUUUAUGCUUUGUUUGCGUCUUACUGAUCAUUUAAAAUGACUUCAGCUUUGUUGUCGCCGAUGGUGGAUUAUUACAACGACGAGGAUGACCUGGACAGUGUGGACGACGACGACGAGCGCAGUUUCAGGGGCAGAGACUCUGAAGAAGACACAGAAGAUGCCAGUGAGACCGACCUGGCCAAGCAUGAUGAGGAAGACUAUGUCGAAAUUAAAGAGCAGAUGUACCAAGACAAGCUGGCAUCGCUGAAAAGGCAGUUGCAGCAGCUUCAAGAAGGCACACUGCAGGAGUACCAGAAGAGGAUGAAGAAACUUGAUCAGCAGUAUAAAGAGAGGCUCCGCAAUGCAGAUCUUUUUCUUCAGCUUGAGACGGAGCAGGUGGAGAGGAACUACAUCAAAGAGAAGAAAGCUGCAGUGAAGGAAUUUGAUGAUAAGAAGGUUGAGCUAAAGGAGAACUUAAUUGCUGAGCUGGAGGAGAAGAAAAAGAUGAUCGAGAAUGAGAAAUUAACAAUGGAGCUGACGGGCGAUUCGAUGGAAGUUAAACCAAUCAUGACACGGAAGCUUCGGAGACGACCAAACGACCCAGUCCCAAUACCAGACAAGAGGCGUAAACCUGCCCCUGAUAUCCUUACCAGAAUGUUAAUGAAAAUGAUGCAGUCGAUUUGGUGGUGCUGUCUGACUUCUGAGAGCUCGACAACGGCAGUUCAUCUAAACUACUUGCUGACAGAGGAGCAGAUAAUGGAGGACCUACGGACACUCAACAAGCUUAAAUCACCUAAACGCCCAGCAUCUCCUUCAUCCCCAGAACACCUCCCCAGUACCCCCAUGGAGGCCCCACUGCAGCGCUAUGAAGCACGGAUAGAAGAUGGGAAGCUCUAUUAUGACAAAAGAUGGUAUCACAAAAGCCAAGCAAUCUACCUGGAGUCUAAGGAGAACACCAAGAUCAGCUGUGUCAUCAGCUCCGUGGGCACCAACGAGAUCUGGGUGAGGAAGACAAGCGACAGCACCAAGAUGAGAAUUUACCUGGGACAGCUGCAGCGGGGAGCGUUUGUGAUUCGCCGUAGAUCAGCAGCAUAGAGUUGCCACCUCCCCCUUCCCAGCCACCUAUCCAUGUGCAUGUCUGUCUCUUUGUUUCACUGCCUCUUCCUUUUCAUAGCUCCCAUUUUGGUCCAUUCCCACAUUGUGCUACCUGAGGAUUGAACAGAAUGGAGAAGGGCAUUGAAUGGAUUCUUCUGUUUUCAGCUUUUUUCCUCUUUUCAGUUUGACUUUCAGUUGUCUUUUCCCUUGCCCCCC